AUGAGUAGUGUAAUAGAUGAGUUAUGGAAAAGGUUUAAGUCACUUGAUGUUAUUGGGAAAAGGGCAUUAAAAAGUAGAAUUUUUGAACUUGCCUUCCCUACAAUGACUUCUAUGUGUCCACCAGCUGAGAAAGUAAAAACUAAAGAGGGAGUCAAGAAGAAAGACAAAAAACCAGUAGGAUCAGAUGUUUAUAUAGACCAUUCGUAUCACGAGUCUGUUGAUCAAGCAUCUCAAUCCUCAGAGAUGCAAUCUCAACCAUCACAAACUUCGAAGAAAGUCAUUGCUUCAUUGCAUGGAUAUGGUGAAGAUGGUUGGCCAAUGGUUCGUCGAGACUUGGGGUUGGAAAUAAUACAUAAUGAAAGAUCAAGUUUGUAUGCCAAUUUAUUUACUGAUCAGUUAGCAGUGGUGAGAGAAUCUUUGAUGAUAGAGGAAUUUGAUCCUCAACCACCACAUAAAUGGUUAACUCUACCAGAUAUGGGUUACAUGAUAGUGAAUCGUUAUAAUGUUGUACUUGUCUGUUUAGGAAUUGAAUGCUGGACUUUCUUCCCUAUGGUAACUUCAUUUUCACCGAAUGUAGCAAUUUACUGCAUUGGUUUUGUAAACAAAAAUAAUUGGGUAAACAUGAAAGAAGAGUUUCCAUUGCCACCAGUGAUAGUAGAUUGGAAGAAGUUUCGUUCUCCAGCAGCAACAUCUUGGAUGCUAGGACUUGCAGAACGUCUACAACAUUGUCAACAACUUACGCCUAUAUUACCAACACAUUAUAAACUAUAA